UCAAUUGGACAAAUAUAACGCGUGUGAUUUUAAACUUUCAAUUUAAGGUUAAUACAUCAUCAUAAAUCUAAUAAACAAAUGUUUGUUUUAACAGAAUUGAAAGACGUAGUUAAGAUUCCACCGUGGAAAUUCAAGAGAAAAUUCAAUGAUGCCAUCGCCGAUGAAUUGAAUCGUAAACUUGCGAAUAAGGUGUAUUUGAACGUAGGAUUAUGUAUAGCACUUCACGACAUUUUAAAAAUAGAGGAAUCCUUUAUUUUCCCUGGUGAUGGCUCAUCUCAUACUAAAGUAUCCUUUAGGUUUAUUGUCUUCAGACCAUUUAUGGAAGAAAUACUCAUUGGGAAAAUAAGAAGCUGCAGCCCAGACGGGGUACACGUUACCCUCGGGUUUUUCGAGGACAUCAUAAUCCCUCCCCACAAGUUGCAGUAUCCCUCAAGGUUCGAUGAAACAGAGCAGGCCUGGGUUUGGGAAUACGACACUGGAGAUGGGCAAAGACAUGACCUUUUCAUGGAUGCAAACGAAAUUAUCAGAUUUCGAGUUGUUAAGGAGGAAUUCGUUGAGAUUCUGCCUUCAGCGCCCACAGGAGCUGGAGAAACUCCAGAGACUUCAGAAAACAAGACUAUCUCACCUUACACUUUAGGGGCAGCCAUCGAUGAAGCUGGCUUGGGUCUGAUCUCCUGGUGGGAGAAUAGCUGAAAUUGAAUGCACAAAAAAUGUUUCGAUAAAAAUGAGAAAAUAAAAAAAAGGUGAUGACAAUUAAAUAAAUAUCAGUUAUCGACAACUUUCGUUUUAUUCGCCCUAGCCCAUAGGGCCACAAAACACUGUGAGUUCAUUAAAUAUUAUUAAAUAUG